AUGAAGAACAUCGCAAGGAUUCUGGAUUCCACCAUAUUCGAUUCAGAAAGCAUCCUUAAUCUAUGCCAACUUGUACCUUGUCAAAAUGGAGGCAGUUGUAUAUAUGACAGUGAAACGAACAAACGUUCCUGUACCUGCAAGAAGGCUUACACUGGAGAGAACUGCGAAGUCGGACCAAUAGGAGGUCUCGAGAACUCGGCAAUCCUUGUGAAUACAGACAACAAUAGUUAUGCAGCCGCUCUUGCUGGAUUCCUCGAUCCGGCAUUGAAACCAUUCGGGCCUGGAACAUGGAUAAGAUGUUUUCGUGCUGUACCAGGGCACUGGGAUACCCGGAUGUACUUUCAUCCUCAGUGYGAUGGCAAGAAACCAACUGUGACCAUAAUCCGUGUUCGUUUGUCCAUUUUUGGUGGAUUCACUGACAAGGCAUGGCAUUCAGGCUCAGCGUAUUCAGAAUCAACCAAAUCAACUUGA